GGUAGUUGAAAAUUGGCCACGGCUCACGCUAUGACGCGCAGUGUGUAUUCAUCAGCUUUUAAACAACCAUACUACUAUAUUAGGUCCACUCCUGGUGAUAUUAAAACUGAAUAAACGAGAAAUAAUAAUUUAGAUACUAACUUUAUUGAUGAACAAUGGAUGAUAGGACGGUUGACUUGAUUUUUGCAGGAUCUCUUGAAAACUUGCCUCCAGUCAGUUCAAAAAUAGUCAGGAUAUUUACAAGUUCAACAUUUACAGAUACAACAAUGGAAAGAAAUACAUUAAUGGCUCAAUGUUAUCCAAAACUAAAAGAUUUUUGCCGAGAAAAACAUGGAUUGGAAUUUCAGGUGGUUGAUAUGAGAUGGGGAGUCCGUGACGAAGCAACUGAUGAUCACAUGACUACUGAACUAUGUAUGAAAGAAAUUGAAAACUGUCAACGGUUAUCAAUGGGUCCCAAUUUUGUGGUAUUUCUUGGUCAAAAAUAUGGGUAUCGACCAAUACCUACUUACAUUGUAUCUUCGGAAUUGGAGCUGCUGAGAGAAGAGUUGGUAAACGUAGGAUCAGACGUCUCUCUUUUAGACAUGUGGUACAGGAAAGACAGUAAUGCCGUUCCUCCCAUAUCUGUUCUACAACCGAUUUCUUCAAUUCUAAUCAACUUCAAUAAUAAACGAAUACCAAAACUUCAACAACAAGACCAGGCUAUUUGGUGGGAUACAUUAGCCAAGAUGCAAAAGCUCUUUAGGAAAGCUUCAAUAAGUUUAUACAAUAGUGGAAAAAUCGAUAAAGAUACAAUGCACAAUUAUUAUAUGUCAGUUACCGAAAGAGAAGUAAUAAACGGAAUAUUAAAAGUUAAAAAUACAAAAAAUCAUUGUCUCGCAUACGUGCGAUACAUUAACAACAUCAACCUCCAAAAUCUUAAAAAAGCUUCAAACUUCCUGGAUAUAGUCAACCGUAGUAUUGAUACAGAAGCAUCUCGUCUGUUGGCCAACUUACGAGAUGAACGUCUAGUGCAGAAAAUCGAAACUACCAAUUUCCAAAAGUAUUCUGUAGAAUGGAUUGGUCGGGAAGGUUUAGACAAUGAGACUCACCAGGAAUAUUUGCAAAACUUCAUUAUGCAUUUUUACAAGAAUAUUACCAAAUUAGUUGAUAGAGCCAUGAGGAAGGAAGAUUCUAGUCCUCAAGGCCAAAUAGUAACAGAAAUAUUACAACAUUUACAUGCGUGUCAUAACUCAGUUAAAGUGUUUUAUGGCCGCGAAGACAGUUUAACUCAUAUUGAACAAUACAUGAAAAGCGAUUGCGAAAAACCAAUGAUCCUUUUUGGUGAAGGAGGCUGUGGUAAAACAUCACUUUUGGCGAAAGCGGCAGAUCUUAGCUAUUUAACGUGGUUUAACAAAACUGCUACUAAACCACUUUGUGUAGUCAGAUUCUUAGGAACAACUCCAGAUAGCAGUACACUAACGCCAGCAUUAAUAUCUAUAUGUCAACAAAUAUCUUACAAUUACAUGUUGCCAUUUGAUGACAUACCCGAUGAUUUGGUUCCAUUGACAGCGCAUUUCAAACAUCUAUUAACAUACGCAACCCGAGACCAACCCCUAGUUUUAUUUUUAGAUUCAGUAGAUCAACUUACUGGCACGCAAGAUACCAACAACGUAUCUUGGUUACCAACAAGAUUGCCAAAUAACUGUAAAUUAUUAGUAUCAGUAGCAAAAGAAGAAGGAAAUAUAGAUGUUUCUCGGGACUAUCAUGUUUUGCGCAGGAUGAUUGAUGACGAGGAACAAUUUAUUGAAGUUACAGCUCUCGGAGAAGAGCUUGCCGAAGAAGUAAUCAGAAAAUGGAUGGAAACAGCCCACAGAGAUCUAACUAAUUGCCAAUGGAGACUUGUAUCGAACGCUAUAAAUCUGUGUUCUCUCCCAAUUUUUGUAAAACUUGUUUUUGCGGAAAUAUGCCGUUGGCGAAGCUAUACUAAAUCUCAAGAAACGCACUUGGCUUCAAACGUAAUGGACUCGAUCAUGAUGCUGUUUGAACGAAUCGAAAAACAACAUGGUCGAUUAUUGGUUUUUCACGCUUUAGCUUAUAUAACAGCAUCUAAAAGUGGUCUUUCAGAAUCGGAACUUGAAGACUUAAUAUCGUUGGAUGACAAAGUUUUAGACGAUGUUUAUCAGUACCAUUUACCUCCAGUCAGGAGAAUUCCACCUUUAUUGUGGACUAGAAUUCGUAAUGAUUUACCAAAUUAUCUAUCGGAAAGAGAAGCUGACGGUGUUAGUGUAUUAAAUUGGUACCACAGACAGUUUAGAGAUGCAGCGCGGGAACGAUAUUUCAAAAAUAUGAAUAUGGUUACCUAUUUCCAUUCUUCUAUAGCCGAUUAUUAUUUAGGAAUCUGGGGAGGAGGAAAUCCAAAACCUUUUAAAUAUACGGAAAUCCAAAGACAUAGGUUUAAUUUACAAAAUAAAGAAGGAUCAGCGGAUAGGAAAGUUCCUGUGCAACCGCUUGUAUUUUAUUCGAAGGAAGGAACUGCUACUAGGUACAAUUUAAGAAAGUUUGGAGAACUACCGUACCAUCUUGUUCGAGCUCAUCGAUUUCAAGACUUAUACAAACAUGUAUUAUUUAAUUAUCGUUGGUUACAUGCGAAAUUAUCUUCGUGUCCUUUGCAAGCAGUUCUUAGUGACUUUGAAGAUGCAUGUGCAAAUAUUGACGAUAGAGAUGCGACUAGAGAGUUAAUUCUGGUAGCUGACGCUUUAAGGCUGGGCGGAGCGAUAUUGAGCGAAUUUCCUGAUAUGCUUGCUCCUCAGUUGAUCGGUAGACUUUUACCCGAAAUUGGUCCAAACCCAAAUAUUAAAAGUUUACUAGCAGAAUGUGAUCAAUAUGGUCCUGACAAUUGUGCACUUAUACCUUACUACCACUGCUUACACACUCCAGGAGGUCCAUUAAAAUACUCUUUGGAAGGUCACCAGUUUGCCGUGUUCGACUUUCAAGUAACAUCAGAUUACAGGUACAUAGUUUCAAUUUCAAACCGAUUCAUCACUUGGGAUUUAUCUACUAGCGACAUGACCCGUAAUGUAAAUCCUGGUCUAGAAGGAAUCAUGCAAGCACUGUGUUUAAGUCCAGACAAUCGUUAUGCCGCAGCUUAUACUAAUAAUAAUCAAACUGUCCUAUUAAACUGUCUGACAAGUGAAUUCAUUGUAAUUGAAAAUCCAUUUGAUAAUGGUGAAACAGUAACAGGUGUUAACAUGCUUAACACACAUUUAUUUGUCCAUGGAUCUUCUUUGUUGUGUAGAUACGAUUUGAGAGGCAAUUUAGAAUCAAAAACUCAAAUUAAUGAAAAUCCUGAUGAAUGGGUAUUAAUGUCAAUAGAAUUUACAACAUUAACAUUUAGCCAUUUUAUUUUUUGGUCAGGCAAAAUGGAUGAUACCAGAAUAAUGAUGCGAACAAACAAAGAAAACUUCAACUGCCCUCCAUUUAUUUUCCAUAGUGCUAUGGCCAUAAACAAUCACAAAAUGACAUUAUAUUGUUGUUCACUGAAUAAAUCGUACGAUGUAUCCCAAUUUGAUUUUAUUGAUAAUUUGUGGACUUUAACUAAAACUUUACAGCCUGUUAGGAAUAGUACAAUUCUUCAACUAAAACUAUCCGAGGACUCAUCAUCGCUUUUGGGUACAACCUCAAAUGGUUUUUGUGUUUGGGAUUUAACUUUAGAAGACACUAAAGUGUUACCAUUGCCUCAUGGAGUCCGAAAUAUUACUAUAAAUAUGAUGCAGUCAAAUUCUUGUAUGCUGUCGGCCGACAAACGUUUCCUGAUCGCUGGAGUUCGGAAAAUGCUAUACGUUUGGAAUAUGGAAACCGAAAAGCUAAUCAAAGUAUUAGAUGCACAUUUUGGUCGCAUUAUUUCAUUACUGCCAUUGACUACGGGAAACUGGAACUCGGCUAUAACAUCGUCCAUCGAUAGAUCGGUUAAAGUUUGGAAUAUUAAUAACAUAUUCGAACAAGUACACGUCAUAGAUCGACACGAACUACAAAUUGAUUCCAUCAGUUUAUCGCAACAAUCCGGUUUAGCUGCGACCGUAACACGAGGUUGUGUAGGCAUCUGGGACGUUAACACCGGCAAAUUGGUUCAACAGCUUGCCGACAACCUUUUGGGAGCCAUAGUUACUCAUGCAUUGAUCACGCCUGAUGGUCGGUAUAUUGUGUGCUCGGAAUCGGGAAACUUUAUCGUAUGGCAUCGUAUCUUGUGCCGAGUGGUAUUCAAACAACAAGAACCGGGCAUACAGCAAAUAUUGCUUUUAGACGAAGCGACUAAAUGUCUCGCCGUGUCAAAACCGGAAGACGUAAACGUGGAAACCCAACAAACCGUCGAAGCCACGGUUAUCGUCAGAUCCAUCCCGGACGGCAAAACUAUCUAUUCGUUUGUUUAUCAAAUACGCAAUGUUACUGGAAUGGAGUUCAAAAAACUCGUCGUAUCCGCGGACGGUUUGAACUUGAUCGCUUUGGUCAGCGACAAAGGACAUCGGGAAGCGUUACACGUUUAUAAUGCAAUCAACGGUCAAUUUGUUAAUAGAAUUGUUCUACGGCAAUCGGGAAUGAAGGACAUUAUGUUUAUUGUGGCAAUGCCGCACAGGGCUAAUUUAGUUGCAGUGAUUAAUCCCGACAAAGGAAUGCUAUUUGACGUACGCACCAAGAAACUUUUCAAGUCUAUACCAAAAUGGGGAGGAUUUUGUACUAAAGAUGGGAAAUACGGUCUGUACGCGCCUACUCGUGGAGGUUUAGAACUUUUGGAGCUGAAAAAAGGAACUUCAAUAAAAACGUUUAUACCAAGAGUAGCAGAAGGAGUAUUCACAGUUAUUUGCAUGUUUAACAAAACUGACGAAUACGUGUUGUACUACCAUAGCGGGAAAAAAACGUUGCGAGUAUUUCGGCUGGAUGACGCUAAAAUGUUAGCCAAUUAUCGAGUACCGGCAGAAUUGAGCGCCAUUGAUACAACAGAAGACGGACGCGCCGUCGUUAUAGCUACUGUAGACGGUUGUCUUACUGUGCUGGCUAUAGCCGAUCCUAACAAAGACAUGUUCUUGUCAACAUUGCCGUCCCGCGAUGAGACGUGGAAGAAAAAAAUGGACAAACAACGUACCGCAAAGUUGUUCAAAGCCGCAGCUGCCAUUUCCAAACUGUGCGUAUCCGUAUGCGAACCGAGUUCACACGAAGAAAGUGGAAACGACAACACUGGCCAUCUACAGACAUCAAAAAUAUUAUUAAAAGGAUAGUAGAUUAACUACAUAAUUAAAAGUUUAAAAUUAAAAUUUUAAAUACAGACUAUAAUAUAUUCUACCAUUAAUAUGUGCAAUUAGGUACUUGAAAUGUGUUUUUUUUUAUUUUUAAGUUAUACCUUAGACUAAUUCAACCAGGGUUUACACCUCAUAGGCGAAACUUGGGCACGAUUUCAAGGGAACUAUACAUCUUUGUCAGACUAAGUAGUCGAUUUUGCAUGCCGCCCCUAUAUGCCACCUGGUUGGUCACCUUUUUUUAAAGUCAUGCUACUUUAAAUCAUUACCAUUACAAGGUAAUUUAAAUUAUU